AUGGCCAAGUCUCUUCCCUCCGGACUCUAUGCCCCCUUGCCUGCUUUCUUCAAUGAUGCGGACGAGUUAGACAUUGACUCCUACGUGAAGCAUGCUCUCUAUGUCACCAAGCCGGGAGUCAUUCCCGUUGUCUCUGCCACAAUCGGCGAGGCUGCGCAUUUGGAUCGCCAGGAGCGUAUUGAGCUGAUCCGGGCUUUGCGUUCUGCACUUGACGAAAACAACCUUCACGAAACACCAAUUGUAGCUGGUGUAGGAGCGACGAGUACUCGGGAGACGAUUCACUUCUCUCAAGACGCUGCAGCCGCUGGCGCCGACUUUGUGCUCGUGAUCGCACCAAGCUAUUUUGCCGCUGCAUUGAAAGCGAACCCAUCCGCCAUCAAGACCUUCUUCACUGAUGUGGCCUCAAAGUCGCCGGUGCCAGUAGUCAUAUACAACUACCCACCGGUCGCGGGCGGCAUUGAUCUUACAAGCGACGACAUUGUGGACAUUGCGACGACAGCCCCAAAUGUGCGCGGCGUUAUGUUGUCCUGCGGUAAUGUCGGGAAGGUAUCAAGGGUCACAAGCCUCCUGGACGAUUCCUUCAGGACACUGGCCGGAUUCAUCGACUUCCUGCUGCCAUCUGUCGCAGUUGGGUCCUCCGGAGCCAUCAGCCCCAUACCAAACGUCCUUCCCGCCUUCGCCAUGGAAUUGUGGCGUAGCACACAAAAUCUCAACACCCCUCAGGACUGGGCUCGGGCUCGACGGCUCCAAGAGCAGGCCUCUUCGGCCGAAGCCGAAUUAUUAACUGGCGGUGUGGCCGGCGUGAAGUACCUGCUGAACCAGCAAUUUGGAUACCCUUCGGCACCCAGACUUCCCCUACAGCCUUUAAGCGAGGACGCAGCAAGGCGACUGCUCCAGAAAAAGCACUUGAAGCAGUUGCGGGAGACUUGA